AAAACGUAGGGACUUUUUUGUGAAAUUACGUAACUGACAUUUGACAGUUGUGGCCGCUGAUGUCCGGAACGGAAAUUCAAUAAGAGAUAUUUUCAAAAACUCUUAUUUAAACCAAUUGCUCUCAAAUCACAAUGGCUGCAAAUAUCACAAAGGUUCCCCUGCUUCGAGCCGUAGCGACACGUGGCUACGCCAGCUGCCCCCCAGCCCCCAUCGGAGGCAUCCACGACUACGAAGUCAAAAAUACCACUCUACCCAACAAUUUGGUCGUGGCCUCGGCCGAAAACGAAUGCCCCAUUUCGCGCAUUUCCAUCGUCUUUAGGGCCGGUUCCCGCAACGAAACGCAUGAAAAUGCCGGCGUGACACACACUCUUCGCAUUUGCGCUGGCUUAUCAACGAAAAAUGCCACACAGUUUGCCAUUACACGUAACAUCCAGCAAGCUGGGGCCACCUUGACGGCCACCUCCGAUCGCGAGAUCGUUUCGUACACUUUGGAGGGCACCAGGAAAGCCGUCGAGAAAACGCUUCCGUUCCUCACAGAAGUGGCCACUCAGCAGGUUUUCAAACCAUGGGAAGUGUCAGAAAAUGUCGGUCGCCAAAGGCUUGAACUCGCCAUUCGGCCACCACAAUUGAGGGCAAUUGAUUUGGUUCACAAAGCUGCGUUCCGUCGCGGUCUUGGAAACUCCCUCUACAGUGCUAAAUACAACUUGGGGAACAUUUCAUCUGAGACUCUCCAACAUUACGUUGCCAGUAAUUUCCUUUCCGGACGUGCUGCUGUUGUUGGUUUGGGAGUAGAUCACUCACAACUUGUUAAAUACGCCCAAGGACUAGCCCUUGAAAGUGGGGAAGGUACAUCCAAUCCCUCUCCGUACUUUGGGGGCGAAAUCAGGUCUGACAAAGGGGGCGAUUUUGCAUACGUUGCGAUCGCCGGCCAAGGCGCCCCAUGGAAGAAUUCCAAAGAAGCGCUUGCUGUUUCAGUCCUUCAGAAAGCCCUAGGCGGAGGCCCCAAAGUCAAGUGGGGGUCUGUAGACAAUGGGGCCUUGAGUAAAGUUGUUGGAGGCGAAGGCGAUGCCAAAUACGCCCUCAAUACGUUCAAUGCCAGCUACAGUGAUGCCGGGAUUUUUGGUGUCUUGAUUGCAGCACCGGAAGCCACAGCCGGGAAAAUUGUGCAAGCAGCAUUCAAAUUGCUAAAAGCUGGGAAUUUGACCGAUGCGGAUGUUAACAGAGGGAAGAAUCAAUUGAAAGCGGCGCUUCUUAUUAAAAAUGAGUCUGGUUCAAGCGCUAUUGAUUUUCUCGGAAGUCAGGCGGCUGUUUUGGGGUCGGCGAAAUCGCCAAGUCAGGUGGUGGCAGAGAUUGAUUCAAUCACAACAGCAGAUGUCAAUGCUGCUCUCAAGAAAGUUGCUUCAGGUAAACUAUCAAUAGCCUCCGUUGGCCAACUGCGCACCGUACCAUUUUUAGAUGAACUAAAGUAAACUUAAGUCGGCUUAAUUUAUGUUGUAUAAAUUCUGUUUUAAACUAAACUUAUACAUGUUAGAAUAUGUAUUUGUUUAUUUGUUUAAUAAAAUAUAAAUCACAUUGUAAAAAAA